GCCGCUGCCAGAAGUAAAACAUGAUUUCUGCAUCAUUUUGCUUUGCACUCAUCCUAUGUACCCUGCUGCCAACAACAACUGCCAGUCUUCCAGAGCCGUAUCUGCUUUUCUCCACAUGGUUUACUGUUUCUCGUAUGAAUCUGGAUGGCUCUGGCUAUACUGAACUUGUGAGUGGAAGUGUUGGUGCACAAGCUGUGGAUUACCAUUUG